GUUUAAUCAUUACUUUUUCACAGAAAAAAGUUGAACCUUCUAUUACUGUAGAAAAUAUUUUUCCUACUUUGAGAGAAUUUUCAUGUAAGUUUUCUACUGGUUUAUCUUUGGUUUGUUUGUCGGUAAAAUAAUACAGACUUCUCAAGCUAUCACAUAACCUUGAAAAUGUCUGUAUAUUACAACUAGUCUAAUAUGUAUUAGUAAAAUGAUCACAGAGUUAGAAUUUGGCCUUUUUAAAAAAUACCGGAAUUUUGGGGAGGUAAGUUCACUUAGGCCACCAUUUUAGUAAUUAUUCUUCAGUGCCCUAAUUGAUGAUGAGGAUAUCAUCAAUACUAAUUUACUUAGUACUUACUAUAUACUGAGACACUCUGCCAUGUGAUCUUUGUGUAUUGUUUUACAUUGUGGAACAGUUUGAAGGAAAUCAUUCCUAGGGUAUCUAUGUAGUGUGUAUGAAGGAAUAUUUUACUAGUUGGAGGUAUGUUUUUCAACUUAGGAGAGCACAUAUGAAUGUUCCCAUAGGAAGGUAGGGAAAUGGAGCAGAGUUUCCCCUUUCCGUUUGGUUAAGGCAGAUUAUACAUAAUGAAGAAAGGUAUUUCUUUUUUGGUUAUCUCAAAUUGUAGCUUUUUGUGUGGUUUCUCAGUUAUAACACUUGGAUAUUAGUAUUUUAAAUACAAAAUACAAAGAUCAACUUGUGAUCUUUGUACUCAGUAUAUCAUAUGCCAUUUCUGAGGCCAGUUGUCUGGAAUUGAGGUGCUUUAAAAUAUUUUUGGUUUUUAAAUAAACUGCUCAUGAGGGACUUAACUGUUAACUCAUAAUGGAGGGAUUUAUAAUCACGAGUUGAUUUAAACUUAGCUCUGGAAGCGGGCUUUGUCAAGGUGGUACUUCACCAGCCCAAAAGAAAAAAAAAAUAGUUGAUAUAUUUUAAUAUCAAUUGAAAAAAUUGGACUAUAAGUAAUAAAAAGACUGAAGCAAAAUUUGGCAAAUAUUUUAUAAAAAGCACAAUUCUUGGUGCAAAACUCACUAAAUUUUUGCAUUAAUUUUCAUGAGGCAUUAUCGAGUUCAACUCUCACUUCACUUUUAAAAAUGUGACUUUUCUACAUUGUCCCCUUAGUGUAUUUAAUUUUGGCUGAUUAUCCUGAUGUGAAUAGUAAAUACAGGAUAGUAUGCAGGAAAUAUUCUCCUUGGUUGAAAUAUCAUUUUUGCCUCCUAAAGAUUAGUUUUGAGUAUCUUUUUAUUUUAUUUUAUUUUAUUGGCAUUAUCUGUCCUUUUUUUGAGGUACCUCAGGUUUGUGCUUGAAUUUAGAAAGUGAAUUCAUUAGCUCGGUUCUGAAAUCCUACCUUCUGAAGAGAAGACGUUGCAUCUGUUUAGUCAGAUUGGGACAAACAUGUUUACUUUGUGCUACAGAACGGCAGCAUGUAGGAUGGGCCUCCAGUAUAGCGCAUGUUGCCAAAAAGUUGUGUUUUUUUCCGUUUCUUUUUAAAUGUUUAUCUAUUUUGAGAGAGGAAGAGGGAGUAUAAGCAGGGGAGGGACAGAGAGAGGGGGAGAGAAUUGGAAGCAGACUCAUUGAUGUCGGCGCAGAGCUCGAUGCUCACAAACCAUGAGAUCAUGACUUGAGCAAAACUCAAGAGUCUGGCGCUGAGCCACCCAGGCACCCUCAAAAGUUCUGUUUUUAAGCCUCGUGUUGAUGUGCAUUUUCUGAGUUCUCAUAAAGUUUUCCCAUCUACUCAGUCAUUUCUCUUUCUGAUAAUUGAGGACUGUGUCAAAAAAACAAACAAAUGUUACAUGAUUGGGUUUUUUGGCUUGCUUUCUUACCUAUAAGUUAGGUGAAUAAUAACCAUAAGUUCAUGCAUUUGUUAAAUGAGAGCCCAUGCAACACUUUUCAUAUAGUGUGUUGUACUUACUAAGCCCCCAACACAUGGUAGCCGUCAUUAUCAUUAUGCUUUGCAGACCUAGUACGCUAAAGGCAAGUUCGUUCUUUCUUUCUUUCUUUCUUUCUUUUUUUUUUUUUGUGGGUUUUUUCUUUGAGAGACAGCACAUGCGUGUGUGCCUGUGGGAGAGGGAGAGCGAGAAUCCCAAAGCAGGCUCAGCACCUUCAGCGCAGAGCCAGAUGCGGGGAGGCAGCUGUGAGAUCAUGACCGGAGCCUAAAUUAAGAAUUGGCGCCCAAGCGUUGGAGCCACCCAGGCCACCCGAGGCAGGUUGUUUUUUAAUAGAAUCAAGAAAAUUUUGAGUGGUGGAGGACUUUAGAGAUUGUUCAGCCCAGUUUCUUUUCCUUUUACCCUCCUUUCCUCCUCCCUGCCCUUCCCCCCCCUUCUUCAUUUUUUAACACAGCAGAAAACUGCUGCCUAGAGAAGUUAAGACUUGUCCAAAAUUGUAGCAGAAUCGGGGCCAUGAAAGAACUUUUCUAAUGCUGUUCUCUAAGGGUUUUUAGCCUAAUAUUUUCUAUAGAUAAGUUUCAUCCAGAACAAAUUACUAUUUUAAUAAUGGAAUUUUCAAAAAAAUUUUUGAGUGCACUUAGACACAAGGUUACAUUAGUUUCAGGUGCACAACAUAGUGAUUCCACAGAUUUAUACAUGAUGUUGUGUUUACCACACGUGUAUGUAGCCAGGAAUUUUUUUUUUCCCCAAUAAAAGUAAGUACAAAUUCACCUCACAUUUGUGUGGAAGAAUUUGAUGAAAAGCGUGCGGAAAUUAAAUGAAAUCAGCGUCUUUAAAAGAUGAAUUCAGUUUCAUGUUUAUAUUAACCAGGCUGAUCUUGAGAGGUGACAGUGACUUUUAGACAUUUUAAAGACAGAAUUUCUCUGUGAUUGUUCCUUGGUUCCCACGUGGCGCUGGCUCCUAGAACACAGCGUCGGUAAGGGACGCCGGAAAGUGACGGCGGGCUGGCCGCGCACACGCAGCGCGGGGGUCCUGCGAACGCGCGGAGAGGCGUGCGAAGGACACGCGGCCGCACAGAGGCGGCGGGCAGCCCGCGGGUCUGGCACGAAUGACCUCGAGAGCACGCAGUCACACGCGGCUCUUUUCAGUCAAGGGAAACCAAACCACAGCCACCCUCGCAAGUGCACACAGGCUGCGUGGUAAGCCCGUCAGCGGGGCGUUUUCUGAAGUGGUCUUAGCUGAAGAGAAGGCGAGUGGCAGGCUCUUUGCGGUGAAGUGCAUCCCGAAGAAGGCGCUGAAAGGCAAGGAGAGCAGCAUAGAGAACGAGAUAGCGGUUCUGAGAAAGAUCAAGCAUGAAAACAUCGUUGCCCUGGAAGACAUUUACGAAAGCCCAAAUCACUUGUACUUGGUCAUGCAGCUCGUAUCCGGUGGAGAGCUGUUUGAUCGGAUAGUGGAGAAAGGAUUUUACACAGAGAAAGAUGCCAGCACCCUCAUCCGCCAGGUCUUGGAUGCUGUCUACUAUCUCCAUAGAAUGGGCAUUGUCCACAGGGACCUCAAGCCUGAAAACCUCUUGUACUACAGUCAAGACGAGGAAUCGAAAAUAAUGAUCAGUGACUUUGGACUGUCAAAAAUGGAGGGCAAAGGAGAUGUGAUGUCCACAGCCUGUGGCACCCCGGGCUAUGUUGCUCCUGAGGUCCUGGCCCAGAAACCGUACAGCAAAGCUGUGGACUGCUGGUCCAUCGGGGUGAUUGCCUAUAUCUUGCUCUGCGGCUACCCUCCCUUUUACGAUGAAAAUGACUCCAAGCUCUUUGAGCAGAUCCUCAAGGCGGAAUAUGAGUUUGACUCGCCCUAUUGGGACGACAUCUCUGACUCUGCAAAAGAUUUCAUUCGGAAUCUGAUGGAGAAAGAUCCAAAUAAAAGAUACACUUGUGAGCAAGCCGCUCGGCACCCAUGGAUCGCUGGUGACACAGCCCUCAACAAAAACAUCCACGAGUCUGUCAGUGCCCAGAUCCGGAAGAACUUCGCAAAAAGCAAAUGGAGACAAGCAUUUAAUGCCACGGCCGUUGUGAGACAUAUGAGGAAACUCCAUCUCGGCAGCAGCCUGGACAGUUCAAAUGCAAGCGUUUCAAGCAGCCUCAGUUUGGCCAGCCAAAAAGAUUGUCUGGCACCCUCCACGCUCUGUAGUUUCAUUUCUUCUUCAUCCGGGGUCUCAGGAGUGGGGGCGGAGCGGAGACCGAGGCCCGCCACUGUGACCACAGUGCACUCCGGGAGCAAGUGACUGGCUCUGGAGGUGGGGCCCAAGGGCGGGGCCGGGGAAGGGGGCCCCCACCGCCCCCGCGGGGCCGCCAGCGCCACCAGCCGCUCCAGAGUGAUCCCACCUUGCAUGGUGCGCCUUCCUGCACAGGACUGGAAGACAGAAGUUUUUUAUGGCCAUAUUUUAUACUGCAAUUCUGAAGUGUUCGUUUCUCACAAACUGUACUGACUCAAGGGAGCUGACGUGAUAGGAUCUGGUGCUGUACAUACGAAUCUUGCAAAGCUCUGAUAGAACGGACCUCCCUCGUCCUCUUUCCCAACCGUCGUCACUUCUGCUCUUCUAGGUGUGGGGAACCGUCUAUGUUGUAUUUUUUCAUUAAUGACAAAAAAGGUUUCAACUGGAUUAUUUAAGUCUCGGUAAAUAUUGCGCAUUAGGGUUUUAUUUUUUACCCUUUAAGAAAUAUGCCCUUCUGAUCUUUACUUCUUAGUCACAUGACCUGUAUCUUUUGCUUAUCAGUAGUUGAGUUUUAUGUUAACCUUUAAGAGAGGUGUUUAGUUUUGGUUUUUUUCCCUCCAAGGGGAAUGUAAAGGUAUUUUUAAAAAUUCUAAUAAGAGGAUCGAGAAUCUGUCUCCAAGGCGAAGAGUGCACUUUACUUCUAUUUUUUCCUCCUUCUCUCCCCUUCCCUGGAGAGGCAGCUCUUUAAGAAAACAACUCAGCAGUCCAGUGAGGCUGCCUUGUCUCCAGGGCCACCUGGGGAGGGAACCUGCAGAAGACCUUUUCCAACACCCCCUCCAGCAUGCCCCUGGCCAACCAGAGACCCUAGGGGCCUUCACCGUCAGUGGUCAGAAAUAAAGAAGCCUGCUCCCCCAAGACUAAGGCUAAACUUCAGAGGCUUCACUUGCUGUGAAGGAGUUGCCCACCCAGCAAAGAUAUAAGAGCCUCCCUUCCAGAAGGAACCAGACGCCAUUUUGGUUAAAGGGAAUGUCUCACACAGCUUAUAUUUCUCACGAUGGUAACACAGAAAAGUCUGCUCUCAGCUAUGCAGUUUUAAAGUUAAUCUCUCUCGCGCUCUCUCUCUCUCUGUUUUUUAACAAUGCAUUUCUAAUCUUACACUUAAAAUGGCCUCCAACUCACACAAGUUGUUUCUGCAGAUUUUUACCCUGUUCUUCUAUGAAUGUUACCCAGGCGAGGAGAGGGAAGUGGCCUUGGAAAAGAGUCCAUUUAUCUGGGGUGGUAAGGAGAGGUGACCUGCCAGGCAAGCAGGACACUGGCCAGCGUGGUGAUGGCCAGCCAGCACUCGCAGCCUUCCCUCUGACCGGGGCAGUCUGAAAACCAAAGACCCGUAGUGGUGGUGUCACCAAAGGUGCCAGUUGCCUGGGAUUUAAGAACUUCUUGGGAAGUAGAACUUUCAUUGCUAAAACUGGCAAUGUCCCAGGCAAAGCGGGCAGCGUUGUUUACCCAUGUGAUGCAUAGGUGUGCAGGGUAGAGCAUGGCGUGAAACCCAGGGCAAACCACUUCCCAAGGGGGCUUUGAGGAUGCUGUCUUGCAGAGGCUUGCAGGUGGCUCCAAAUGCUAGGUUUGCAAAAGCCCUCCCUUGACCCCCUGCCCACCAUAAUACCAUGAGUCUGCAUUUCACACCAUCAGCCUCAAGCCUGCCAUGAGUCCCUGUAGGUCUGCCUGAUGGCCCAACAACUCUACUGGCUAUGGUCCUCCUGCCCUUCUCCUAUAGCUAGCCACAUUCGGCAGGUCCUGUUGGUCAAGCCGUCUUGUGGUCAAGCCACACCUAUGCCUAUGUCCAGGCCAAAUGUUUAGUGAUAGCCACCCCCCCCCCACACACACACACACAUACACACCAUGUUUCUAGGCUCAGCAGCUCCAUUCUGCCUCCAUUAGUAUGGCAGUGCAGGUACAUAUAAGAGCAGACAGGAAGACAGACAGCUGGUCUACCCUGUUCCCAACAUGCAUCAUAUGCCCCCAACCCCUUGGCAGGAAUCCCACUUGGCAUCUGCCACACAUGCAUCCAGAGCGAAAAUCAGGCUGUCGCUCUUCACGAUUAAUAAAAAAAAAAAAAAAAAAAAACUAAAAAAGUCUAUAAAAUGACCACAGACCAAGUUGAGAAGCAGGUAUUGUGUGAGUUGGAUAAGUGUCAAUGCCAUGCCCGCAGAAGGAAAAUGGCAUGAAUAUUACAGAGUAUCAGAAAACUGUGGUCUCUCUCCAGGGGCUUUAUUAGGGUGUUGCUUACGAACAAGUAUAAUGGAACAUUCUUGUUUCUACAGCACAAGAAAACAAGGAAUUAGAUGUAACGGGGUGAUAAUGUGCCCAAAUCUGGUACCUGUGAUGUGUGCCUGACUGGCUAUCAGUUCUUUGCACCUUGUACUAGGUGCAGUCAGUUGCAUUUGGAGGGCAACUUCUGAAGGCAAAUUCUCUCAUGGGUGACUAGAUUAUUUCCUAGAGCUGAUAUUUGGGGUGUACCUUCUAUUCAAUUAGUUUGAAGGUAUGUCUCACCAAGACGUGCAGAACAGGCAGGAGAUGAGGCCCUGUGGCCAGCGCCCUCUUUGUGGUUCAGAUGAGCCUGUGGCUGCACUUGGCCUGGAAUGUGUCAACAACGCAGUGUGAUGUGUAGGGACUGGUUUCAGCUCAAAAGCCAACUCUGUUGAACUUGACAUCAGGCAAAUCCAUUCUGUCUCAGUGCCACUGGACUUAGGUUAUUUCCUAUCGUUUUAGGAAGAGAGGAAAAUAAACCCAGAAUGUGCCUUUUGUUAAGACCUGCCGAGUGGGGUGGCUAAAUCCCAGGACCCUCGCUGAAGUCAGGUCCCACCAGUCGUAACUGAGCCUUUCAUACGUGCCCACAGCUUCCACUCACUGUGGAAGCCAGCAUGUGGCCGAGGCUAACAGAUGGCCACCAGCUCCAUCACAGGCUUCCUUUCAACCCCAGCCCCUCCCCCAACCAUUGGUCUCCUCAGCUUCUCAGAGCUAGUGGAUUAUUUUUUCAUUUGAAUAUGACAUUUUGAACUAUCCUUGAGUGGUCUUUCUCUCAGCUGCCCUGUCUGUCCCUCCUCCUCUUCCCCACUUUUCAUCUCAUCAGUGAGGCAAUAGGCAAAGCCAUCACUGGUCUGAAAUGAGCAGUGAGUGCUCACCCACACAGAGCCCCCACAUGACCAACUGCUUUCUGCUCUUAAGCAGGGUACCCUGGGGUCUGGACUGCUCACUGCUUUCCCUCAGCGAGUACACUGCGGCCUGGGGUAUUGGGUUGAGAUGGGGUAAAGGCAGCUGGAUCUGAGAGGGCAGGGAAUGCCUACAGGGAGCACACAGGGCCACUUAAAGCCCUUGGGAAAAGAAGAAGGUGCCCAGAUAGAUUGACAACUAGUCCAGGACAGCGCAUGGCCAUUGUGGCAGCAGGGCUUACCAUCUCCUACUGCCUCUGACCCCGUAAGAGAACAGCAGGAUAAUGUUCCCCUUCAUGUCUCCUUUUUAAA